UUGUACAGAAGACGAUGGAAUCAAGAAGACAGUGAAAAUGUCCGAGAAUUAUUGCGUGGAUUCCUUCGCUUAACAGCCGAUGUACCGUUAACACCAAAACGACGUUCCAAUUUUGCUUCCCAACCAAUAAAGUAUAAAAUCGUGGAUCGGACGGAGUAUGCAGUAAAUAAACGAAUUUUGAACGAUGUUUUUGAGACAGAUCUCGUUCUGACAACACCGCAGAUGCGUAAAAUUAUCAGCGAUUUCCAACAACAACGGACGCGAAAAACGCGAAGAAACAAGAGAAAAGCGAUUGCUGGUGAUUCAUUUCGAUGGCCACGCCAAACUGUCCCAUAUUUUUUGAAAGAGACAGAUCGUGAAUGGAGGAGGCUGGUAAUUGAGGGAAUGAAUAAAUGGGAGCGGGAGACAUGUGUGCAUUUCAAGGAGCGCACUGAUGAGAAGGAUUAUGGUGGUAUUGUUGCUCACGAACUGGGACAUACACUUGGUUUCUGGCAUGAACAAAGUCGACCGGACCGCGACAAAUUUAUCAACAUAAACGAGGAUCAUAUAUAUCCGGGAACGAAAGGCAAUUUUGAGAAACGUAACGAUAUUGCGGUUCUGGACACACCAUACGAUUUCGGCUCCGUGAUGCAUUACGGGCCACAGGCGUUCACCAAUGAUUAUCACUAUGUGACAAUCGAAACGAAGGACCAUCGUUUCCAGCAUACGAUCGGUCAAAGAAACGAUCUGUCUUUCAUUGACAUCAAGGAAGCAAACCGACUAUACUGCAGUGAUAAAUGUAAAGUGAAGCUGAACUGUCUUCACGGUGGCUAUGAGAAUCCUCGGAAUUGUGCUGUUUGUAAAUGUCCAACCGGAAUCGCAGGAAUUCGUUGUGAAAGCAUACCACGCUCCUCUGGUAAGUUAUGCUCGACUAGCUAUGCCCCUGUUUUGUAAGU